AUGACUCUGGCUGCAGCUGCAAAGAAAUCCAUUCCAUACGUGGCUUCAAAUGGCCUUCGAAUUAUCAGCCAACUAUUUAUUUUAAAUGCCAAUUUUGAGGUGGCCUUAUUGGGUGCUUCCGGUGGUAUCGGGCAACCGAUGGCUUUGUUGCUGAAGCAGAAUCCAUCUAUAGGUCAGUUGGCGUUGUACGAUAUCAGAGGUACACCAGGUGUGGCCGCAGAUUUGUCACAUAUUGACACGAAAGCGCAAGUGAGUGGUUAUGAGGGUGUGCAUGAACUUGGGAAAGCGCUCGAGGGUGCUGAUGUGGUCGUUAUUCCAGCGGGUGUGCCAAGAAAACCGGGCAUGACUCGUGAUGACCUGUUCAAUACGAACGCAGGUAUUGUGCGCGAUCUGUGUGAUGCUGCAGCAAAGACAUGUCCGAAGGCAUUCAUGGCCAUCAUAACGAAUCCUGUCAAUUCAACCGUGCCGAUUGCAUGCGAAGUAUUCAGAAAGCAUGGAGUAUUCGAUCCGAAUCGUAUUUUCGGCGUUACAAUGCUCGACAUCGUGCGUGCACAAACCUUUAUCGCACAAUUGAAGGGCUUGGAUGUGAGCAAGACGAAGGUACCCGUAAUUGGUGGUCAUUCAGGUGUGACAAUAAUUCCAGUUCUGUCACAAAUGAAACCAACAUGCGGAUUCACUGACGAUGAAGCGAAGAGCUUGACUGCACGAAUUCAAGAUGCCGGUACAGAGGUGGUUAAAGCUAAGGCCGGAGCUGGUUCAGCAACACUGUCGAUGGCGUUCGCAGGAGCAAGAUUCGUGGAUGGAUUGAUUGGUGCUGUUCAAGGAAAGCGUAGUGUUCAAAUCGCAUAUAUACCCUCAACUGCAGUCAAAGGAGUUGACUACUUCUCAACGCCUUUCGAACUUGGUGUAUGUUUAUUUAUCGUUUUAUAUUUGACUAUUUUACUGUUCAUUUAUUCUUUUUCAUUAUCAUUUUAUUAA